AUGUCGAUACUAACCAUUGACCACUGUCUCAGGGCCCCUCUUCCUCUCAUGAUCUCCGCCGUGGAAAGCACCACCAAGACCCUUCUUAAGCGUGAAGAUGCAGGGAGAUUCUCCCUCUACGUUUUUGCUAUAAUUGUCGGUUGUGUGGCUGCCGUGCUGAUCGGCUGUGGUAUUUGGAGCAUGUAUAAUGGAGACCCAGAAGGAGACGUGUACCUUGACAUUCCUUCUCACCAGAGGAAAUACAUGCGCGAAGUACGACUACGAGGCCUCAACAACCUGGCUUAUCUGGCUAGAAGGCCCGAUAUGGUUAUUCCCAUCGACCAGGUGGAUUAUUAG